AUGCUGUAUCCCAGUUGGUUCUGUGCUAUGCUAUCUUGCAGUGCGGCCACAGCCUUCGACCUGUGCGGUGAUCGUACUUAACUUAAGUGUUGUGCCGAGUGAUUCGAUUCGAUACGUAGAGACGACGGACGUAGUGUUUUUGUGUUUUUCCACCGAUUUGAAUUGAUGACAACUCUUCGGAUGCACUUGGAUGACAAGUCUUCAUAUUUGGCGAAUGGAUGACGAAUGUUAUCUGCAAAGCUGAUGAUUUUCCCUGAAGUGUUUCAACUGAUUCUGAAAUGACAGAACUCUUGUGGAACCUUUUGGCAUUUAUUCCCAAUAUAGGCCUACAUGAGUUUGAACGAUCAAUAUGAGGAGCUAGCGCUCUACUUAGCGAAAGCCCAGAAUGACAUUUCGCAAGUACUAGAGCACCAAUAUGCCACUCAUUCAGCAUCUCACAAACAGGAUCAAGCCAACAAAUUAUCAGGAGACGAAAGAAUUUUUCGAAAGGUGAAGAAUGGUGUUGAUCCAAAACCAGACAACGGACACAAAGUUCACUUCGCUGAAGCUUACGAGGAGAUUUACAUAGAACCGGAUGUUAUCAUUAGAGAAGGAAGAGGCUCACCAUAUCUCCAAGACACAUUGAAAAGCAACGAGCAGUCUCUGAAGAGCUGCUUGAAGAAGACAAUGAAAGAAUCUCAAGAAAAUAAAAAUCGGAAUGGGUGCUUUAUGUAUAACAGCUUGAGGAAUAAAAGGCCAUUUACUGGAAAUGAUAACACAAUACAAGACAGUAGCUUCGCUGCUCCUAGGAUUACCCUCUCUGGAAGCUAUCCUUGCUUAGCAUCACCAGAAACUAACCUUCUCUACGCACCUGAUGUGUCUAUGAAUGGCAACUAUUUGUCUAACCAGAAUAUUAUACCUUCAAUAAGACGAUGGAGUCCAAGUCCUUCAUUUUUCCAAGAGGAUACUUCCACGUCUCAACAAAAUGGUAGUCCUCUUUAUUAUAAAGAAAACAGUCCUACUUACUUCCAAGAAACCAACUCUGCCUGCUGUCAGGAAAAACGACCGUUGUGCUAUGAAGACCUAUUUUAUAAAAACUCCAAACCUAUAACCUACCAAGAAACGGGCAUUCAGUGUAAUACAAUACCUAACGCCAUCUAUCAUCAAGACGAGACCACGACAGAUCUACAAAAUGAAGCAGAUGAUAAUUUGCUAGCUCUUAUCGCAUCAAUCAAGGCUGAUAUCCAGGAACUGAGAGAAAAAUAUGAAAACGAUGACGAGAUUGAAAGGAAUAGAUUUUUGACAAAGGAGUUGGACGAGAUACUCCAAAUGUACAAAAUGAAUAUCUCAAUGGAGAAAGAGACGGAUUUAAUUUCUGAUAUAGGCAGUACCAACAGCUAUCAAUCUGAGAGCUUAGCAAACGUUGCCCAUAAUGCAGUUACCCAAACAUCCCCACCUCUCUCAAUAAGCUCCUUUAAUUUAUCUAAAGGCUCAGAAUGCUCAUCUUCCCCUUGCUUAACUUCAGUAUCAGAUACAGAACUUGCAGAUGAUGAAAGUAUAUCUUCGAGUGAAAUAAAAUAUCAGAAACCAUCUAUCGAUUGGAUCGUUCAUUCCACACCACAAGCUGUACUUAGGAACAAGUCAUCAUCUGCUCCAGUUUUGAAAAAUCAACAACCCAAGGUGAACAAGCAGACUCGUUCGCAGUCGGAUCGUCACCUGGCUGAAAUCGAAGCGGCAGAGGCAUGCAAAUGGCUCAGGGCUACAGGGUUUCCCCAAUAUGCACAAAUGUACGAAGAUAUGCAAUUUCCUGUGGACAUCUCCACUGCUGCUCAAGAUCAUCCCAGGUUGGAACCUGACAUACUGAAUUCGUUGUUCAGAAGGCUACAAAUACUGAACAACUGUGUACAUCUCCACCAACAGAGAGUAGCACAUAACACUGAUGAGUCUGAAGACGAGAACUAUGCUUUGAGUAAAAACUGGACGUUCCAAUCUGAUAUAAGGAGAUGGUCAAGGGCUUGCAUCAAUGAACCAACCAUACAAAGUGAUUCGGCUAAAACUAAAACAGCGUCUGAUUCUGAUGACGUUUUUGAAGAUCACACUGAAACACGAAGAGAGAGAAUUAGAAGAGGUGGUUCGGUAAAAUGUCGUAGAAGAAGGGAAGGUGUUAUCAUCAGUGAAAAUGGGGCAAAACUAUUAGACUCUCUUUCGGAACAACUCAGUGGCAUUUCUGUAGCUUCGAAUCUGAAUCAUGCCUCUGAUUCUGAGCUGACUCCGAAGUUUUACAAUAGGAUUUGGAGGAAGAGAUCAGAAGAAGAGUUUCACCAUAAGCCCCUUCCUGACAAUAGAACCGAAUGCCAAACCUUAUCUUCGAAAGAUGAAGAAAGCAGUAUAUUCUAUUGUAAAUUUUCCUCGCAACAACUGGGUCAAUUGGAGAGGAUAGCAAUGCUGAAACUCACAGCUUACAUUGAAAAAUAUUGUCCAACACAUAGAACUGGAUGGAAUUGGGAGGUACCAAAAAAUUUAAUCAGAAAAAUGAAAAACCCAGCUUACAAAGCAAAAUCGUUUGAAAUAACAGGCCCCAUAGUUCCUAAUUUGAGGGUAAAGAAAUUUUUAGAUAAAGUGGUUUUUGGAGUACCAAUUCAACUGACUUUGCAAAGAACUGGCCAUCCACUACCAAGAAAUAUCGAAAAUGCUCUAGAAUGGCUGCAGCAAAAUGCUGUUGAACAAGUUGGUCUCUUCAGAAAAUCGGGAGUUAAAUCAAGAAUUCAAGCGUUAAGAAAUACAGUUGAAUCAUCGACUGAAAUACUUUCUUUCGAAGAUCAGCAGUCUUACGAUGUCGCAGACAUGGUCAAACAGUAUUUUAGGGAGCUGCCCGAAGCACUGCUCACGAAUAAACUAUCGGAUACCUUCAAACUUAUCUUUCAAUACGUUCCUAUGGAACAUCGUUUCGAUGCAGUUCUUUGUGCUAUUUUCUUGAUGCCCGAUGAACAUAUAGAAGUACUUCAAACUUUAAUAUCCUUCCUGAUAUCUAUAGCGAAGCAUUCCAAGGAAAACCAAAUGAACGAAAGCAACUUAGCUACAUGUUUUGCACCGUCUCUCUUUCACUAUGCAUCAUUAUCAAAGUCAAAUCUUGGAACACCGCAAGCGAAAGAUUUGGCUGAGAACAAAGCAGCUCACGACUGUCUACUUUUCUUCUUAGAAAACCAUGAAAAACUAUUCACGAUACCAAAGGGUCUCAUCAAUCAAUGCAAUCCAGCAGAAAUGAAAGAAUGGAAAGUGCUGAAUCUAAAAGAGCUAGGCAAAGCCAUGGGUGGUUGGAAAGAAUACCUGAAAGAAUGCCAACAGGCAUAUUUGAGGGAGUUGAAGGAAAAGUCUCGGGGUUGGACUUUAUUGCCUAGCCUCAACAACUCAAAAGUCGAGACCUAUUUCAAGAAAAUAGAUGACGGUUUGUCUGUAAGGGUUUGGAAGGUGGUAGCCGACAUUGAUGCACCUCCAUCAGAAGUAAUGCAUAGGAUAUUGAGGGAAAGACACUUGUGGGACUUGGAGUUGAUGUCUGCUAAAAUUGUGGUGCAAUUGGACAAAAACACAGAGAUUUUUCAAUACGGAAGAAAGAGAAUGACAUCAUUGCCUGUUGAGGAAUACUGUGUGGUGCGUCACUGGAAGUCUGAUCUACCUAAAGGCUCAUGUUUGAUAGUGGAAACCUCAGUGGAACAUGAAGAUAUCAUACACAUUCCUGAUUGUAUUAGAGGAAUAGUCCAUGCUUCCAGGUAUUUCAUAGAACCAUGCGGAUCUGGAAGAUCUAGGCUGUACCAUAUGUGCAGAACAGAUACAAUGGGGAGGAAACCAGAGUAUUAUUACAAAAACUACGGUCACAUCGUUGGUUUUUUCAUCUCGAAUAUACAGACCUCUUUUUAUCAUCAAACAUGUGGUCCUGAAAGCAAAGUUUGAGACGCCAAAGAUUAAAAAUAGUUCGAAUAACAUUUGUACCUAAUCAUUUUUAGACAAUUCUUGAUAUUUCCCUGUCUCGAAUAAUCGAUGAUACUGAAACUUUGUAAAAUUUCUUGUUAUUCUAGUAUCAUCAGUUUGUCUUUCUUUCAAACUAUGUGGAAGAUUUAACAUUUUUCCUUGUACAUAAUUCUGUUCUAUCCGAAAAGAAUGAACAUAAACUUAUCUGCUCACACUAGUCAUGAUCAGUUCAUGAUAUGAACUCAAAUCAUUAAUUUCAGGUACUUACAAAUCAAAAUGUCACAACAUAUGGGUCAGUUGUUAGUGGAAAUUUUUCAGCAUUAUUUUUGACAAUAUGUAAAAACCAAUUUUAAUCAUAGCUGUACGUAUAUUUAUACAUAUAUUUAUAGAAUACAGAGAUGCGACAGUUUUAAUAAAUAUUUUAUUUUUAUAUGAUAUAUAGGGUUGUUAACUGUUUCUUGUUGUAAUUAUAAGUUCUUUUCUUUCGAAAUUUGUAUAAAGUUUUAAAUAAUCGGAAUACAUUGCUCUAUCAGACGAUUACCAAAAAUAUCAGCAUCACGCCCAAAAAUGGAAAAUUCUGCAGAAAAUGCAAUUCGCAAAAUCGUCAAAUGUCCUUAAAAUUGCUACUACUCUCCAUUGGUAUACCAGACCACAAAAAUUCAAUGGAUAGUCGAAAUACUCAUUGUUGUUUUUAACACUGACAAUCAUUCAGUAACCCAAUUAUUAUAAAGGUCAAAAUUUCAUUGUGAAGAAAGUAUUGAUUGAUUGAAAUGUGUUGAGUCAAUGAAGUCUCCAUGGGCGCCCGCAGAAAUUUUUCUCAGGGGGGGCAAAAUGAAAAUUAUUGAAAAACGGUAAGGCGUCCAUGAUUGUCAUCGAAAACCGGAAAAUUGUUGAGAAUCCAUUACUUCCUUUUUUUCCAUGCCCUCUGGAUUGAGAAAGUAAUAUUGAGGGUUGUCGUGCUGAAAAAUGAGGCAAUCAAAAUCUCAGGGGGGGCCAUGGCCCCCCUGGCCCCCCCCCCCUGCGGGCGCCCAUGGAAGUCUCUAACUUAGUAGGACAUAAAAUAGAUAUUUUAUUAUGAACUCUAGUCAAUUGAAAUAUAGUUAAUUUUAAUAUGAUUUCAAAUAAUCUUAAUUAAUCGACUUAACAAAAUGCUUUGUUUUUAUUUCAUUAUUAUUUCCAGUUUUUUUUUUAUGCAUAUGUGCAUAUAUUGUGAAUUAAUUGUUUUUGUAUAAACUUUCCAAUUAUCACAUAAAUAUUUUUUUACCAGUAUAUUGAAGUUUUCAAAGAGAUCUACGAAUCAAUUCUUGAAAAAAUAUGUAUACCAUUUAGCCUAUAGAUCAAAUAUAUGGAAUCCCAUGAAAAUAAUAUUCUGAAUUUAUUCAAUCGUUAUUUUUUGUCUCCAAAUGUGCUAUUCUUGAGAUGAAUUCACAGAUAUUCCACAAAACCAAAAAUAAUCAUUUUAGUUUUUGUCAAUUUUUUUUAACUGAAUUGGAUUAAAAAAAUAAGAACAAA